CGCCGGCUUUGCCCCCGCCCGCCUCUCAAGCGCUCGGGCGAAACAGACGCCGGAGGGGCGUCUCGUGGUAGGGUGAGCCGCUCGGCGCUCCCGGCACCUCUCGGCUCUUCUCAAUGAAUUACGGAGCGAGACCUUUUGGGCGCACCAGGAUUUAGUUGCAAAAGCAGCUCGGCUUGGAGAGUCUGCAGCCGUCCGCCCGUCCCACCGGUUUCACUGAACAUUUCUCAGCUGAGAUGCCAGAUAAAACACCAGAGAGUAAAGAAACUAUAUCCAAGAAUGAAGAUGGCUACAAUCUUAAUGUGCUGCCUCCAGUGAUGGUGGGCACAGCCCGCAAGAAAACAGGGACGAACCUGCAUAGAGAAGACAGACACUUCCUCUACUGUGGAAUCAAAACAAUGGAAUUGUCAGACAGUGACCGACCAGUGAGCUUCAGCUCUACAUCGUCCUCAGCAUCCUCCAGGGAUAGCCACUGUUCUUGUGGUAGCAGAACAACCUUGGUUUCAAACAGUCAUCUGGGUUUGUUCAAUCAGGAUAAGGAAGCAGGGGCCGUAAAGUUGGAGCUGCAUCCAACCCAGCAAUUUUCCAGCAAGGAGCUAAGAAAAAAUAACCCUAUCAAAGAACAGCUCUCUGAUGGAAAUCUUGGAAGGAAGCCAAAUAUGCCACGAAGACCUGAAUCAAAAGAAAAUAAAAAUUGUGUCAUGUCACUGAUUGUUGAGCCUACAAGUCCCAAGCUCCUGUAUGUUGACAGAGUGGUCCAAGAAAUUCUAGAGACUGAAAGAACAUACGUGCAGGAUUUAAGAAGUAUUGUGAAAGAUUACCUUGAUUGUAUCACUGACCAAUCCAAGCUGUCUUUGGGUACAGAGGAACGAUCGGCUUUAUUUGGAAACAUAAAAGAUAUCUAUCGUUUCAAUAGUGAACUUCUGCAAGAUUUGGAAAACUGUGAAAAUGAUCCUGUAGCUAUAGCAGAAUGUUUUGUUUCUAAGAGUGAAGAUUUCCACAUAUAUACACAGUAUUGUACCAAUUAUCCAAGGUCAGUGGCUGUACUCACCGAAUGUAUGAGGAACAAGUCCCUAGCCAAGUUUUUCAGAGAAAGACAAGAAGCUUUACAACAUUCUCUUCCUUUGGGAUCCUAUCUCUUAAAGCCUGUUCAAAGAAUACUGAAAUAUCACUUACUUUUGCAUGAGAUAGAAAACCAUCUUGACAAGGACACUGAAGGUUAUGAUGUUGUUUUAGAGGCCAUAGAUACAAUGCAGAGAGUGGCAUGGCAUAUCAAUGAUAUGAAGAGGAAGCAUGAACAUGCCAUUAGGCUACAAGAAAUACAAAGCUUGCUCACUAACUGGAAAGGGCCAGACCUUGCAAGUUACGGAGAACUAGUGUUAGAAGGAACGUUCCGCAUCCAGAGAGCCAAAAAUGAGCGCACGCUGUUCCUCUUUGAUAAGCUGCUGCUUAUUACAAAGAAGAGAGAGGAGACGUUUACUUACAAAGCUCAUAUCUUGUGUGGCAAUCUCAUGCUAGUGGAAGUCAUACCAAAAGAACCUCUUAGCUUCAGUGUCUUCCAUUAUAAAAAUCCCAAGAUGCAGCACACUGUUCAGGCAAAGUCACAGCAAGACAAGCGCCUUUGGAUUCUUCAUUUGAAGAGAUUAAUUCUAGAAAACCAUCCUGCUAAAAUUCCAGCUAAGGCCAAGCAAGCAAUUCUUGAAAUGGAUGCAAUUUAUCACCCAGGGUUCCAUUAUAGCCCAGAAGAAAUGAAAGCUUCCAGUAAUUCAAAAGAAGGGAUCACCCCACAAAGGGUGAGAAGGAAAUCAGAACCUUCUUCCAGAGUUCAUAAAAUCACAAAACCAAGUGAAAUGGACCCAGAUUUGCAAAAGCGGAUGAGUACGGAAGGAACCCUGCUAUCUCAAGCUGAAUUGUUCCUCAGUCCCAGGAAGAAUCAUUCACUGCAUUGCCAACGGCUAGAUUCAAAUGAAGCAGCCUAUAGCAGUGGUCAGGAGGAUAAUAUUCUCACAGAUGUUACAGAUCAAACUGAUGCUGAUGAUGAAGAAGAGACUGAGCAAAGCACUCAACAUUUACAGGAAAAACCAAAGGGAGGCCGCAAAAGACUGAAUAGUCAAGUUACUGAAAAUUUUGAGAAACGAAGAAGUUUCAAUCUCAACAUAUGUGAAAUUCAGAACUCCCAAGAAUGUACAGAUGAAGCAUCUUCCCAGAUGAACACAAAGCUUUCAUUUUCCUGCAGUGGAGGUAGUCAGCUAUCUGAACAAUUUGCUCCACAAAACAGCUCAUUUGUGGCAAAUAUUUUGGGGAGAACAGCUACAGUGAGAAAUAUCUGGACAGAUCAUCAGAUUCGGCAAGCAUUGUUCCCAAGUAGACGCCCUCUGCAAGACAAUAUAGAAGAUGAUGAUGAUGACGAUUACCAGAUGUUCAUGCCAUCAGACUCUACAUCCAACUUAACUUCUAUUGCAUGUGAAGAAAGGGUCCCAUCAAACCGUCCUUGCAGCUGGCAUGUAGGGCUAGUUCAUCAAAACGACAUUUCCAACCUGAACUCUCAUAGAAUUAUGAGGCGGGCAAGCAGUGCUGGUGAAAGUAAAACUUCUCCAGCUGGAGCAAGAUACAGGAAGAAUAACUAUGAUCUAAGUGCCUCUUGGAAUGAAGCGAAAAACUGUAGAAGUGACAUGGACAAUCUGCAAGAAUGUCAAGAAUCUUCAGAAGAAUUCACUAUAGAUGACAUAGAUCAUGUCUAUGACAAUAUAAGUUUUGAAGAUUUGAAAUUAAUGGGACUGGUUCAGAGGGAAGAGUCCAACCGUGCCCCACAAGGGUCAGCUAGAGAUUCACUCUAUGAGGCACAUGACCAAGACCAUUCUUUCAAAAAAACUCAAGCAUCUCAAAACAGGACUUCUAUUCCUAGCAGAAAUGAAACAAUUCCCAGGAGAGACACUUCAUCCAUAAGAACUCGUGAGUUAAGGAUUAGUGAGGAAAAUAUCUAUGAUACCAUAGGUCUCCCAGAAGAAUCAGUGCCAAAUUUCAAAUGUGAUCACCUCAAGUGUUCCAAAAAGAGGAGUUUUCUGGGUGUGGAAACAGACUUUGCAUGCUGUAACCAGCUCCGACAAUUUGUUUCUGAAGAAAGCCUCCAGUUCAGUGAAGAUGAAAAUUCCUAUCAUUAUGUUCCAUUAGAUCAUGGCUACUUAAGUUUGGUGGACAGCUCCUCCAACUCUGAUUCACAUUCUCACAAGUCUGUUGCAGAUAAAUUAUCAGAGGAAGUAGAUGAAAUCUGGAAUGAUCUGGAGAAUUAUAUCAAGAAGAAUGAAGAAAAGGCACGAGAUCAUGUCCUUGCAGCUUUUCCUGUUUGCAAAGAUGAGGCUGAUAAUCAAGCAUCUAGUAGAACUAUUGGUGAACCAAAUAAAGAUGUAGAAUAUUCAUUGUCUCUGCUCUCUCUGCCGGAAACACCUGCUUUCUCAAAAACUUUGCCAAACAAGGUAGCGAGGUUAAGUGAAGCCAACCUUAAAGUUGAAGAGGCAACAUCAUGUAAAGCAAAUUCACUAAUAGAUCUCAACAGAUCUACUCUCUCAAAUGACAGAAGUUUUGCUGAUAGCCUUCAUGAAUCUACCAAUAAUAUUCUCUGCUCUGUAAAUGCAAUAAAUACUAAUGGUGAACUGGAUACUGUGGAUAAAACAAAGAAUCGGGUUUUUAUGAUGGCAAGACAAUACAGCCAAAAAAUUAAGAGAGCAAAUCAGUUUUUGAAAGUAAAAAGUCCAGAGCAGGAACAGCUUCUCAGUCGGCAACAGAAAUCAAAGCACAAGGAUUUAGCAGCCAUUUUAGAAGAGAAGAAACAAGGUGGACCUGCCAUUGGUGCAAGAAUUGCUGAAUACUCUCAGCUAUAUGAUCAGAUUGUAUUCCGGGAAACCUCACCCAAAACACAGAAGGUUACUUCUCAAGAAACAAACAUAAGAUACUCCUCACCUGUGUCCACAUCUCACUUAGCUGCAGAAUGCUUAAAAGCUGAAAAUUGGCUUUUGCACUCAACAUACAGUAAUGGAGAACUCUCUGAUUUUUCUCCUUGGCCAGAAGCUCCUCGCCUGAAGACAGAAAGCUCUCUUUCAGAGAUGGGGACAACACCAAAUGUGAGACCUGCAACGUGCUCGGUGCCUUCCUUUCAGACACCUCUUUGUCCGCACAUUCCUGCACAAAGGUGGAGUGCUAUUAUAAAUCAGCCCAAUAAAGAGAAUUUGUAUCACAGCCACCUUUAUAAUUCUUUAGGGAGGACAGAAAGCAGUACAAAGCCACAGGCAUACAGCAGAUCACAAUCUUCUUCCUCCAUUGUGCUCCAUAAGUCCGAAGAAUCAAUAAGUUAUCCACCUGAAAUGGGGAAGAAACAUUUGCAUUCAAACAGAAAGUUUCUGACUGACCACUGUCAAGAAUCAGUGUCCAUGGUCACCCCUGACCAUCCAGCCUGUGAUGGGACAAAGCAGAUCUCAGAAAAUGUCUCAGAAAUGAUUCUACAAGACUCUCAGAAAAUUCUAAGAGUUAACAGGAACUUACCCUCAAAUGCACAAAUAGCAACCCACAAUUAUUUUAGUAAUUUUAAAGAUACUGACAAUGGGGAAGGAGAUGAUGAUGACUAUGUUGAAAUUAAAUCUGAGGAUGAGGGAUCUGACUUAGAGACUUUCUAUAACCAAACAAAGGACUUGGAUUCCAAAGUGAAUACGCACUCUACUCCUUCAGAAACUCACAGUGGCAAGUUGCUGGAUUCUUCUAAAUUAUCAGAUUCUUUCCUGACAGCAUAUGGUGAUUCAGACAAAUUGAACGAUUACCUAUGGAACGUGCCAUCUAGUAGUCAGCAGAACAUCGUCCAAUCCUUAAGGGAAAAAUUUCAGUGUCUCAGUUCAAGUAGUUUUGCUUGAUGUUUUCUUCCCCUACCCCUGUUGUUCUGCCUUAAUGUGAUAGUUACAGUAUGACAACCAAUUCUUGUAAGUCAUAUUGCUGUAUACAUAUUUCUAACUACCACUAUAGGAACAAUACCUUGCAUCUGUUUGUAUCAUUCUGUUCCAUACACUGUAAUCUUAGCAACUUAGUAUAUAUGAGAACUGGUGACAUAUACCAGAAUUUCAUAGAAAGGGAAUCAAAAAGUGCAGUGGAACAUCUUCAGGAGUUAAACUUUGUGUACUUCAUAAUUUACUUGCUUAAAGACCAUUUACAACACUGAAGAGUGAAGUGCUUUGACUGGACUGAAAUGUACUAAUGUGUCAUAUGUAUGCACUAGUUAUGUUUCCACAUAGUUUUAAUUAAGUAAAACUGCAAAUGGUACAGACCAAAUGGAUAUUUGGGAUCAAGGAGGAACAUUUUUCUAGAAUUCUAGCUUAGAAAACCCUUUUAUUUCAAUGCGCUAAAUACAUUCUUUCUAUCCCGCCUCCAAGAAGUCAUGUCCCCAGCUCACAGAUUUGGUACCACAGAUCAGCAGCAGCACAGGACCUACCUGCAGUGUCUACAUACUGACUUUGGCAUCAGUCUGAACGAGUCUGAAUGGGCGUAGGUCCCCGUCUAGGGCAACCAAUCACAGGGCAUGUACGGCCUUUUUAGUCUUGACCCCAAGCAUGCACGUGGGUCUAGGGACAAAUUUAAAAUUAAGCCUACAAACUAAAUAGCUUCUUCAGGCUGGAAUAGUUUGGCUCCCCCCCCCCCCCCUAAUGUUGCUGUACAUACCCUCUUUUAAGAUAGCUUCAGUUUGAAAUACUUGAAAACAAAAAUAUGUGAAUACACGAUCUGUACAACCAAGUUUCACAUGAAGGACAUCAAGAAAUCUAAGUACCAAGUGAAAUACAUUUUACUGAGCAGGAUUUGGUUUCUUACAUCAUUCCACCAAAAAGCAUAACCACAGUCAGAAUUUUUAGAACGUCAGCAGUGACUUUGUGAUGUGGCAAAAGCCCUCAGUUAACAAGCGUAUAAUCCCUUCUUCUGAAAUAAAUACUGAAGGAGCUAUGGUUGCUGAAUUACUUUGAAAUGCAUCAUUCUGGUGUUUUUUCUUAGUGGAAUACAAGUUCUGGAACACUUCUAUUUUUCUUACGUCUGGAAGCUGCCCCAAAUUCAGUAGAAAAGCUGGCGGCCAAUCAAUGUGUGUUUAGUAAACAGAUGAAAAGUUAAGUUCAUAUGAAUUUAGGAAAUUUUUAUUUAAUAAAACAUGUAAAAUAAUAUAAAUAUAGUAAUAGUAAUCUGAAUAUAGUAAUGUCAUGCCUGCUUUGUUAUACUAGAGGAUUUUUCUUAAUCUGAUAGUGAAAUAUGUAAGAUAUAGUCAUAAGGAACAAGCCUCAGUAUAUUUUCAGUACUUUUUAACCUUGCUGGCAGGGAAUAAAAAUAGCUGAAAUUCAAUAUGGAUGAGCCUAAGACACUGUUUUUGUAAAAGCAAAGGGAAUGGUGAUUUUCUGGUCUGGAUGAAAAAAAACCGAGGAACCCCACCUCCAACUUCUUAAUCUAGUUCUUGAUUUGUAGAUAACUUUGUGUUGAUAGCAUCGUUCCCCUACCCCAAAAUUACAGAGGAAACGAUUUAAUUUUUUUUUGGAAAAAACUAUUUUAUAAAAUAUGUAGCCAAAAUAGAAAGGAAACCAGUGUUCAUUUGUGUGAAUAUUAGGUAUGCAUUUGGUUACUUGACAAAUUCAGAUCACAUGUUUUUUGGAAGAUAUUUUAUAUAGAUUUACAGUUCUAGAAGGCUAAAUGUAUUCAGGUUUUCAGCCCGCUCCAAGGAUAAUUUUUCUUUUAAAAUUCUGGAGUUUAAACAGAAUCAAGUAGGUGCCUUUUCAUAAACAAAAUGUGAGUUAACUUUUGGGUUACUAUCACUCACAGUAGAUAGGCCUACAAAGCCACUGAGUGCUUCUGAACACAUUACUUCAUUAAUUAUCAUGGGCAGAACAAAAAUAUGGGGGAAAGCAACAGUGGUUGCUAAAAUUAGAAUACCGGGGCUAGGGAAUAUGUAAGUGGCUUGCUAUCACAUGUACUGUACAUUCUUUAUUGUCCCAUUCUAAAGGUGGGCAUAUCUCUUUAAUAAGUUACCGCUCUCCUUCACAACUUUGAAGAAAUUUUAAAGGAGCCUUAUUUUUAACCAGGUAAUAUUGUUUGUAAAAUAGCCUAAAUUUUUUUAGAAAAAUUAUUUCUAUUCUGCAUUCACUGGUAGUACCUGCACUAUACUACUGGACAGAUGCAAAAUGAAGUUGCUUAUUCUGGAUGAAUUCACAUCUACUUUCCUAGUUUCAACAAAUCAUGCAUUACUAUUUUAUUCUAUUGAUAAGAAAUAGACCCUCUGUGUUGCACUUUUACAAAACUUAUUUUGUAAAGACUAUGUAAAACCAUAUGUACAUGUAGAAAAGUCCAGCUUUUUUCCCCCUUUGUUAUGCUUAAAAGCUGAGUUUAAAGCAUGUCAAACCUGUAAAUAAACGCUGCUUAGAAAAAAAUAAAUACUAGUUGC